UCACUUCCGUUUCUCGCACGUCACAGCGCAGCAAUGCAAAAGUAAACACUUCCUUGUAGUAGAAGGCGCCUCUUCUUCGAAGCAGCGUACCCUUCGUUGUUUCAUUCUCCACCAAACAUCUAAAUAAUUCAAGCAGUUUCCUGAUACUGUUCUCUCGUUGCUUCGUCCACAUUUUUUUUUUGUUUACAUCUGUUAAAUUAAUCUAGAAACAUGACGGAUAAUAUUGUGCGGCGAGAAGUCCAGAGACGUGAUGAUCCUUUUGGUAUCCCGGCUUGCUUUUACUGGACCAUCGAUGAAGUAGCAGACUGGGUGGAGAGUAUCGGCUACUCAAAGUACAAGGAGAACUUCCGCUCACAUUUCAUCAACGGAAGGAAGCUGUUGACUGUGGACGCAUGCGUACUACCUAAGAUGGGCAUCACUCAUUUCGGCGACAUAUUGGCCAUUUGUAAGCAUGUCCGAGAACUUCUGCGCAUCAAAAGAAACAUCCGAUCCUUCAAUCCGUACCAACUGCGUCGAUCUUACGUCUCAUUGGCUCACUUGUCAGGGAAAUAUCACCCCCACCUGACCUACAGACAGCACGCGGAGAUGUCAGAGAAGAUCGUCAACUCCCGCCUGGCAUAUUUCAGAAAAAAGAAUUUAUACUACAGUGGUUGGUCCAUGGAACCUUGGUGGGAUGAAACAUUAAAGAAGGAGGAAAAGAAGAAAAGAGAUCUGGCCAAAUACUCCCCCGACCAAGAGGACGACAAGCGGAUCACCAUUGGCAGCACCAUCCAAGAGCGUCUUCGGGAGGCUGCCAAGAGAGAGAUGUCUAACUACGAGCCAAAGCCUUAUUGGUCCGGGCGCAUACCGCGCAAGAACAUCAGCUGCCCUUUCAUUGUACAGACAUUGGAGAACAAGAACAAAGCCAACACCAAAGUGGUCGGAAUGCUGAACUGGACGGCGGUCAAGCUAAAGAGGACGCCGUCCAUCAACGAGAUAAAAGUGUGGCCCGGGAAGAAGAAAUAUGCCCCGACAUAUCUGCCCAUUGUCUUUCAUUGGAAGGAGAUGGGCAUAAGUCGAGGUUAUGAACAAAGCAGAAUUGAGAAAAAACACAAGUGUGGCUAUUACCAGAAAUAGUUUCAUCAUUCAAGGCUUCUCACUGGAUACAUUCGACAUCUCUGAUGACAUGGUUAACCUUGCAGCCCCCUCCACUUAGUUUCUCACCCCCAUCUCCGUGGACAGAGUAGACUGAUGCAGUUUCUCCGAUUAUUACAUCAUACAAACAUUGGACGGAUGCAGCUCUGCUGUUGUAUUUUUGAUGCAUCUAGUUUCACGACUGAACUCUUUUUGCUUCUAUGAAAGGACACGUUCAAUAUCUUUUUAUUCGGUAUUCCCGAGACCAAUCGUAAUAAAGAAAACAAAAUCAUAUAUUAUUUUUAAAAAUAUGAAACCAUUGGAUACACAUGGCAUAUAUAGUUCCAUUUUUUUUGUUGGUAACAAUGGAAUUUUUUUUAGUGAUACAGUUUAAAAGUAAACACCGGUGUAGCUAGGGUUUUGUCUCUUUUAAGGGCCCCUGCAAUUUGACAUUCGACAUCAUGACAUGAGAUAAUGGAGUAAUAUUUAAUAUUUAAAAAAUGUGGAACACUCAAGUGGGGACGGGGAUUUUCAAAUCACCCCCCACUACCACCACCAUAGAUACGCCACUGCAAGUAAAAUUGAUAUGGACAAGAUUGGAAUUGUUAUUACAAUAGGCUAUUGUUGGCCUAAGGUUUGCCGAAACAAUGUUUUAUUGAUCUAAUUAUUCUAAUAAAAGUCUAGCUAAGACAAUUCUAUGCACUUUGAAA